ACAUCCAAAGCAAGCUUCUUUACAUCAGGCCCUGAGUCAUAGAUUUGGACUGUAGCUUUUUCUGCUUAGCGCACACAAAUCGGCACAUUUCAAACUCUAAUGUUCUUUCCUUUCAGGAAAGAUGUGGAUAAUCGUGAUGAUCUUUCUCCGCAUCCUUGUGCUUCUUUUUGCCGGAUACCCCCUCUAUCAGGACGAACAGGAGCGAUUUGUGUGCAACACCAUUCAGCCGGGUUGUGCCAAUGUUUGCUACGAUCUAUUUUCUCACGUCUCGCUUUUUCGCUUCUGGGUGGUGCAGCUUAUCGCUUUGUGCCUUCCGUACAUCAUCUUUGUCAUCUAUGUUGUCCAUAAGGUGUCAAAUAGUCUGACGGUGGAUCUAAAGCCAUUUUCUAAGAACCACCAGAAGCUGUUCAGCCAGACACCCACCGACAUGAUAUCUCCAGCAGUUGAGCAAGGAGGAUGGACGUGGCGCUUCACAGGGACAUACAUCCUACAGCUCAUCUUCAGAAUUUUGCUGGAAGCGGCGUUUGGAACAGCUCAUUAUUAUCUGUUUGGCUUCUCCAUCCCUAGGAGGUUCCUGUGUCAGCAGUCACCCUGCACCACCCAGGUGGACUGCUACAUCUCCAGGCCCACCGAGAAGACUGUGAUGCUCAACUUCAUGCUCGCUGUGGCUGCUCUGUCCCUUGUGUUAAAUUUGUUGGAUUUCAUCUGCAUUGUGAAGUGCUCACUAAGGCAAAAACGCAAGAGGAAGGUGAUGGUGGAAAACAUAUACGAGGAGGAGCAGUGCUCUCUUACAGCCGACAAAUCUGCCUCCCUGGCUCAGCAGGAUUUAGAGCGUUUGUCUGUGACUUUUAGAAAGAGACAAGGCAGUGGUGGUUCUUGCAGUGGCCGGGAAGCACUCUGUUUGGAGAUCUCCUCUCUUCCUCACUCUUCAGGACCUUCAGUCCACAACAGCAAUGGGAACAAUGGCUACUAUGUUGCCCAGGUUGGAGCUCAGGAGAGGAAUGGCAGUGAAGUGGCUGCUUCAGAGCAGUUGGGCACGCCGAGAUCCUUUUGUGUGAACAAACGCAGUCUUCUCAAGCCGCCACCUCCACCCAGACGGGGCACUGAGCCAGGUCCUAUCAGGGGCAUUACUACAGUAACAACAAUCAGAAGGAACAGUCACUGUGAGGCCACAGACCUCCAGACCUUUGAUGAUGAACAGGACAAAAAAUCACACUGGGUUUAAUCAAACAAACCUAAUCAUAUGUUCUCCCUUAUUUUUAAGCUGCCAUCACGUCAUUGUAUCUGAAAACUUUUCAGCAUCUGUUCUGCAGAACCUAAGGAGGUUAAGUGAGUUUGAGCUCUUAUAACACAUCAGGUCAGAGCUGACAGGACUGUAGCUUUGAACAUUCUUCCACAGACUCCAGUUCUGUGAACACCUGUUUCAUUCCUUGGUGGCUUUACCCGUCUCCCCUGACACUCUGUUUCUAAACAAAGGCAGGCCUUGACCUGUCCAUGUCCACAAACCCCUACCCGACUACCAGCAUCUGAUGCAACCAGAUACAUUUUCCAUUGUUUGUAGGUAACAGGGUCGAAGUGGACAUAUGAAGUUUCUAAGUCCUGUUCUUAGAUGUUUGGGUGAUCUGGUGGAGGUUUGGGGCAAAAUCUGACAACAGAUCUUGCCAAGGUUCUGUUUUUGGGAACAGGAUUCCUCCAUCAAAGAUAAAGGAUAAUGUGUAGUCCCCCUUAGGCCGACAUAAGCUCUUAACUUAAUUGCAUUCUGCUUUAGGGGUUCUGUAUUUAUGGGGGUAGCUCGUCACUCUAUUUCAGGGCCUCGUGGGGCUUGGAAGAUUCGAGCUGUUACAGAGGAGCGGUCUCGUUUGCUGCACUUCAGGACUUCUGCACUCUGCUUGUGUGGCUUUGGUUUUACCUUCAGAUUAAUCACAGACAACGCAGUAAUGGUCCUUCCACUAAAAUGUUUCCAGCAGCUCUUUUACACCUUGAUGUGGUUUCUUAAAAUCCGAUGAAUGUCUUCAACACUAGAUAGUGAGAGUCUCAGUAAAUCAACGGCAUUACUGUUUUAUCUGGAGCUGUGUGGCUGAGGGGCCAGUGUCUGUGUAAAUGGAUAGCUUUUGAUCUUCCUCCCCUUACGGCCUCUUUGAUGGUAAUAACAAAAGCUCCCAACCUCAUAUCUCACCUGGAGAGCUCCAUUUAAUGUGACUAUAGACUAUAGAUCAGCAGGUCCAUUACUGCCGCACCUUUCUCACAUGCCA